AUGAAGAUAAACUCUGCCAGCCAAUAAAAAUUAGCUAAUCCAAGGCCAUAAACUUCAACGCAAAAAACAGGCUCAUCUCCAAUAAAGAACAAUAAGUAUGUUGUAUCGGGAUGAUGUUAGAUAUUUGGUUUCAUCAAGUAUAUCCACAGCACCUAAAAUUGAUAAUAAAAUACUAAAGUCAAUAGCAAUAUCUCAUGAUUUCACUUCGUCAAAUAAAUCUGGAACUAAUUCCUACAUCAACAAUUAAUAAUAGGAUAAAAAAUAAAAUUUUCGCAACUAAUUCAUACUUGAUAUUAAUGAAGCAAAUUCGAAAAAAAAUAGACCUUCUUCAAGACUAUAAGUGCAGCGAUUAGUCAAAAAUAAUAAAUUAGAUAAUAAUCUUAAGUAUCAUGAAAAUUUGAUUCAAAAGCAAUUCCAAAAAUUAUUAGGCCUCCAAAAACAGAGUUAAAAUCUACAUAAAUCUCCUCCUCAAAUACAUUAUAGAGCUAUGAGUAACGGAGAUCUUAAACCUACAAGUGAUGUUGCAAAUAAAUUAGUUGAGUAUAUAAAAAAAUAAUCUGCUAUACAGAUUAAGGGUUAUAGAUCAAUAUCAAAUCCAGAUAUCAUUCAAACAGAUAGAAGGCUUAUCUCAAAAUUUGCAGUUAAGUAUGUAUUCCAAUUAAUGUUAUUAGAACUCAAGCCGGAUUGCUAUAUACAAAAUAAGAGAAGGUAAAUCAGGAUUCUUAUGCAAUUCAUGAAAGAAUAGGAGAUAUCAAUAAUUCAUAUUUGUUAUAAGUUUCAGAUGGACAUGGUGUGAAUGGACAUGAAGUUGCAUAAUUCGUUUAAGAAAGAUUACCAAAUAUUAUUGAUUAAUUAUUGAAAUCUCAUAAAUUGGGUAAGAAGGAUUAAGAUAUGAUGAUAUAAGUGAUAUUAAGAUAAGCAUUUGAAAGAACAACGAAAGAAUUAUAUAAAUCAGGAAUUGACAUCACUUAUAGUGGAGCUACAACUGUGUGCUUAUUAGUUAUUAAGCAUACUGGUUGGUGUGCUAAUAUUGGAGAUUCAAGAGCUAUUAUUGGAAGGCAGAAGGAUGGAUUACAUGUGAUUGAACUUUCGCAUGAUUAAAAGCCUGAUUUACCUAAAGAGGAGAAAAGAAUAGUGCAAAAUGGCGGAAGAGUUUAGGCAUAUUCCGAUGAAGAAGGAAAUCCUAUUGGUCCUGCAAGAGUUUGGUUAAAAAAUGAAAAUGUCCCAGGGUUGGCCAUGUCUCGAAGUUUUGGAGAUUAUGUCGCCGCUUAAGUAGGUGUAAUCUCGAUUCCAGAAAUAAUUAAACAUACAUUUUAAAAUGACAAAUUCCUUAUUAUUGCAUCUGAUGGAAUUUGGGAGUAUCUAUAAUAUAUAUUCUAGAUUUCUCGAUAAUUAAUGGAUUAUAGACACAGUUUUUGGUUAUUAUUUGAAAAAUGAUGCUGAAGGAGCUGUAGAUAAAUUAGUGAAAGAAGCUACAGAAUCAUGGAAAAAGGAAGAAGAAAUUAUAGAUGAUAUCACUUGUAUAGUUGCCUUUUUAAAUUGA